AUGAGUAAAAGCGAUACUACUCAUCCCAUUUAUAAUAAAUACAAUGUAAAUGGAGAGAAAAUCAUUUGUUCUCUUUGUGACAAAGAAUAUGAUUCGCCUUUGAAUAUUUCAACAGCGAAGAAUCAUUUUAGAUCCAAACAUUUAAAUAUUUGGAAGGAUUUAAAGUCUGUUAGAGGUAAAAACCGUGGAUCUCGUCAUAGGGUUUAUGAAUAUUUUUCUGUAAUUGAUUCUGGAGAACAUCAGUGUAAUUUAUGUUCUCGUAAGUAUAAAGAACCUCACAUCACUGAGCUGAAGUAUCAUGUUUCUCAUUACCAUAAAGAAAUUUGGGACACUAUUAAAGAAAAAAAGUUAGAACGUGGUGAUAGAUUGGUUCGAUUUCAAGAAAAUUGUGAUGACGCCGUGUCUGAAAGCUCUCAAACUGGCUUUAUGAAAAACGAUGAAAUUCUGGAACUUGACACAGUUAAUAUAUCAUCUGAUAGCGAUGUAGAAAUGGAUAAGAACAUGAAGAAAGUUAGUCUUAUCGAAUCUAUUAACAUGGAGAAUGAAGACACAGAAGUUAGGAUUAAAAGAGAUGAGGUUAUCAUUAAAGGAAAAGGAAAAGUUAAUUUUUUUAAGUGA